CUAAUAACGAAAACAUAUUUUAACUGGCCUAAAAUAUGUUUGUUCUUUUUGAUUUUACCAUUGGUGAACCUGGUAUAGGGACAAUUAGUUCAGUUAAGAGUCCAAUUCUGACAGACGAUGAAAAAGAAGACGUGAUUACAACAGUACAAGAAAUAUGGGUUAGAGAAAGAACCAAACUAGUGAUCAGGUGGCCCAAAGAUUUCAAUUCAGCAAUCUGCGAAAGAGUUUAUGAGAAAAACUAUUUUGUUGAUUGUGAUCACAGACCUGGAGUUGCUGUGGCUAUAUCGAGUAACCAAGAAAACCUGCUUGAACUCAGACAACAGCUCAUUCUUGAUAAAUCUUCAGCAAAGAAGAAUACAAAUGAGCUACGUGGCACAAAACAGAAGGCAAGAAGGAGUCUUGUGUAUCCUGAAGGCGACACAACACAGGGAGCAUCAUUUUCAGCAGUAGCUAAGAAAAGCAAACCCAACCCUGCAGAAGAACAACUUGUUGAGGAAAUUGAUGAACUGAAGUCCACAAAUAGACAACUUGAAGACACCAUCACUCGACUUAAAAGAGAUUUAAAGAAAAAGGAAGACGAAAAUGAAGAACUGACUGAUACUUUGGAAGUUCUACGCUCGUGGUACGAAGAGCCACGAGAGUUAGCACAACAAAUGAAAGAUAUUCUCCUCCAUCUUACUGACGCUGUUUCUAACUUGAAUAGACGACCGGAAGCAUUACCUCCUACACCAGCUGCGAGUCCUUCUCAGUCUGCUGCUAAGCGGAUGGUAAUUGAUGGCCGCUGA